CGCCCAAAAUGGCGGCACGAUUGAAAAGUUUUGCUUGUUUUGUCCGAGUUUGUCUUCUUUACAGACCAUUUCUUUAAUUGUUUUAACAGCACUAAAGCAUAUAAUUUUCACAUUGGUGGCGCGCCUGCAUUUUUUCUAAUGAUUGAGGAGUAAGGCAAACACCACCAUGGUGUUUUGCUAUCAGCUCAAAUUCGGGCAUCACUUUACCAAUGCUAGGCUAGGCUAAGCUAGGCUAGCAAGCUAUCUACUGUCAGAUGAGUGUUGGUGAAAAGCUUUCGGUAGUUAUGUCUUGCCUCACCUGGACUUCCAAGCUGAGCUGAAUAUGACGAAGAGGACCUUUACAUAGAAAUGGAGGAUGAUGUGAAAAAAGUGAAAAAGCCGGGUAUCGUGUCUCCAUUCAAGCGAGUCUUCCUGAAAGGAGAGAAGGGAAGGGACAAGAAGGCCCAAGAGAAGGCCACGGAGCGCAGGGCACUCCACACCUUCUCACUCUCUCAGCCUGACCACCGCAUCGACCCUGACAUCCUGCUUAACGACUACAUUGAGAAGGAAGUUAAAUACUUGGGGCAGCUGACAUCAGUCCCAGGAUACUUGAACCCAUCAAGCCGCACUGAAGUGCUGCAGCUCAUUGACAAUGCAAGGAAGUCGCAUCAGUUGGCAGGCCAGCUGACAUCAGAGCAGGAUGCAGUGGUGAGCUUGUCAGCGUACAACAUAAAGCUUGUAUGGCGUGAUGGAGAGGACAUUAUUCUGAGAGUGCCCAUCCAUGAUAUUGCUGCUGUCUCCUAUAUCAGGGAUGACUCAUUGCAUCUUGUCGUGAUCAAAACAGCCCAGGAUUCAGGAGGUUCUCCCUGUCCCAGCUCAUGUCCCGAUCUCAACAAAUCUCAGACCCUGAGCUCCUUAUCUGAAAGUGGAGCUGUUCUUGUGGAAGUCUGCUGUCUGCUUGUGCUGGCCGUUGAUAAUAAGGCAGCGGCAGAGGAGUUGUGUCUUUUGCUCAGCCAAGUUUUUCAGAUUGUUUACACAGAAUCAACCAUCGACUUCUUGGACAGAGCCAUAUUUGAUGGAGCGACUACACCUACAAGACACCUCUCUCUAUACAGCGAUGAUUCUUCAAGCAAAGUUGAUGUUAAAGAGCCUUUUGAAGCAGAAGGCAACACAUUUCCUUUCCAGGUCUCUGUGGAGGCAGAAGGAAACUCUCCAACAGCUUCUACCCCAGCAUCCCCUCAGACGAAGACGGCAAGUGAAGGAGAGCUCAGCACCACUGCUGCAGAACUGCUGCAGGACUACAUGACCACACUGCGGACAAAACUAUCAUCGCAGGAGAUCCAGCAGUUUGCUACCCUGCUCCAUGAAUACCGUAACGGUGCAUCCAUCCAUGAGUUCUGUAUAAACCUGCGACAACUCUACGGGGACAGCAGGAAGUUCCUACUACUUGGCCUGCGUCCCUUCAUACCAGAGAAGGACAGUCAGCACUUUGAGAAUUUCCUGGAGACCAUUGGUGUCAAAGAUGGCCGAGGAAUCAUCACAGACAGCUUUGGCCGCUAUCGACGUACAGCCAGCUCCGCCUCCGAUUCCACCACCAACGGCAACGGAGCAGCGGGAGGAAGCGGCGACAGCGCGGCCUCAGAUGAGGGCCAGGAGGCCUCUGAGGGUGACGAAUGGGACCGAAUGAUCACCGACAUCAGUAAUGACAUUGAAGCUCUCGGCUGCAGUAUGGACCAGGACGGAGUGACACCCUGACAUGGUGAACAAAGGUAUAACUGCAAAAGCUGAGGACAUGAACUGACAGCCACUCCUCAAAUGAACAGUAGGCAUGAGCUGAAUGGAUCAGGUGAAGGUGGUCCUUAGCACUGACCUAAGAUUUCGUUACUUGUAUUUUCCUCUAAUUGUCAAGAGGACGUCCCAUAGUCUCUACACACUCUACGAGGAAAGUCUAAUUUUAUUACCACAGAAAGAUGAAGUCAACAAAUGCACUUAUGCAGACCCUGUAGAUGACAUGCAGGUAGUUGGCUAUUUUUCCAUUUCAGAGGAAUUCAUAGCUUCUGACAUGUUUUUAAAGUUUCUUUGAUUUUUGUACUCAUUUAUUGGCAGUAUCUGCCACUGCUGUCGGCAAUGUAGCUAAAAUCUCCAGAGUCUUUGAGAAUGUUUCCGGUUUGAAUACCCUCGUAGACUCCGGAGAAUGCUUCGGAGGACUGUGUACAUGUUUUAGAAGGUUAAGACUGAAGCUGUACUGAUUUGUGCUUUUGUAUUACUAUGGGUCAGUCAGCUUCAUCCACCGGAAGAGCUUUGGUUUUCUUCAGUUAUUUCACAUUUGUGCAUUUGCUGUGAGAGUGUAACAUUUUGCUAUAUAUAUAUAUAUAAUUUUGUUUUUCAGUAAGAUUUGUGUACCACUUUGUUUUACACUAUCAUUUGUUGUAAGUGUUUACUCAUUUAUAUAAUUUUGCCUUAUCCAAACUGACCAAGGAAAUGCUGUAAAAACAAAAAUUCUCAUUCAGUUCACGUGAUUGAGUGGGGACUGUAUUUGACAAAGCCAGUUAGUUGAUGGCUGAUGUAACUUUAUGAUUUUAGAUAUUUGUUUUUCACAUGCAGGUCAUCUUGUUGUGUCUUGUGACAUUACAUCUAUCUGUCAUUGUGCCUUUACACUGCAGUACUGGUGCCAACUGUCUGUCAUAUACAGACAGGUCAGUAUGAACUGUACCUACAGUUGAUGAGCAAAUCAUAGUUAUUAAAUAACAGCUACUUUACACUCUUUGGCCGUUGGUAUUGUAAGAUUACAAAAAAUAAUCAUGCCUAAUGAAAGUACGUGGUUAUUAUCCUUUACACCUGUCAGCUGAAUUAUCACUAGUCUGAAGUAAAACUAACAUUUAAUUUGACUUUCAUACAGCAAAACUGACACAAGGUGAAGAUUUUAUAAUCUUGACCAUGAUCCUCUCUGACUGAUCAUUUGCUUGGAUGCACCUAAGCUGCUGUGGAACUUCAGUCUGAGUUUCAUCAAAGCAGUCACGAUGGAUGUUGCUGAAUAGCCUCAAACUUGGGGAUUAGGUUUGUGAGUCUGAGGGACAAGAAACUGGCAGGACAGCUGGAGUCGAGCACAUUCCAUUCUGUGAAGCCACUCACUGAGCUUUUAAACCAUUUCCUUCAUAGAUCUCCCAUAUCAUGAUUCCGCACCUCAGUAAAUUUUAAAGUACCAAACAAAUUGGAAUCAAAAGAUGAUUGCCCAUUGUCUGGGCCGUUUCAUGUUUGUUGUGGGAUUGAAGCAGGGGUAUGGGAGGGCAUGUGCAGACUGGAACACUACACCUGGGGCUCAAAUAGCCUCUCUGGCUUGAGACACUGUCUGCCUUGAACAAAAGGAUAAGAUAAUCAAGAGGCCUAUGAUCUCACUGUCCAAAUACAGAUUCUUUCUCAUCACGCUAACAAGACUAUUCACGUUAAGUGGCACCCAUUCGCGACAAUGAUGCUACAUUGUUUGGGUACAGAAGCAGAGGAAAUGAUUGUUUUUGACAUGCUCUCGGUGUAAUUGAACUGUGUGUGUUUUCUCACAGUACUUGGAGUCGUAAUUGGCCUCCUGUAAAUUGUCAUCUUAAUCCAAUUUUAGACUGAACAGAAUGACUCAUUACACCGCCUCAUUCAAAGCACAUAAUUAUUAAAUAGAUCAGUUGUUUUAAUUA